AUGAUGCUUAAUCCUGACCAGCCUGAGUCCGACCUGCCCUGGGGACAAACGGACACUGACUCUUUCAAUGUGCAGUGUGGAUCCAUGGCAGCCGAACCCGAGCAUGGAGAGGGCAAGGCACGCUCUGCGCACGUGCCCGCUCUCAGCAGGGAGGAGAAGAGGCGGAGGAGGCGUGCUACAGCUAAAUAUCGAUGUGCGCACGCCACCAGAGAGCGGGUCCGCGUAGUGGCCUUCAACGGGGCCUUUGCAGAGAUGAGGAAAAUGCUCCCAACGCUCCCACCAGACAAGAAGUUAUCCAAGAUUGAGAUCCUGCGACUCGCGAUUUGUUACAUCUCCUACCUCAACCACGUGCUGGAUGUUUAGGCUGUGAGGACCAACAGGAGGGUGGACUAUGAGGCAGGAUGAUGUUUGUAGCAACAACAGCUGAAUGAUUUCUGAAUGCUACAAUUAAGGGUUACCAGAGGAUUUGAGGAAUGCUGUUUUGCAUGUGGGGCUAUAAGUCUAUAUUUAUGACACGCUGUGCAUCCUAACAUUAUUAUGGGAAUAUCACAUUGUUUUUUCAUCAUGGGAAACAGUUGGAAGGACAUAAUGCUCACUGUUAUCAAAAGGAUGAAAAUAAUGAAAACAUUUUUAAAGAUGCUGUAUAUUAUAUUUGUGUAGCCAAAAUACGGAAACACUGCUAUGCUUGACCUUAAAUGUGUUGCCUUGUCUUUAGU